CGAUUAUACAACGAGAGUGUGGAUUGCGUUCGUUUUGUAAAUAAAAUGAAACAAGAAUUUUAAAAGUACAUAACAACAAUUAAUUUUGAGAAAUAUGAACAACGUUAACCUGGCUUUCGGCCUGCUGAGGCAACGUUUAACAGCAGCAGCAACAACAACAAUAUCACAAGCUACUCGCAGCUAUGCAGUUAAACCAGCGGCUGGAGGAGCAGGUGGCAAGAAGAAGAAGCUCGGCAAGUUGGGACCCAUAAUGGAGAAGAAAAUCAUACCCGUCGAAACGGAUGCCAACAAGUUGGUGAACUAUGUGUGUGGCAGCAACUACAUGAAAACCGGUGAAGACGUCAAGAUUAAACCAGACACUGAAUACCCUGACUGGCUGUGGACACUCAACACCGAACGCAUCAUACCCUUGGAUGAACUGGACCCCAACAGCAAACAGUAUUGGCGCCGCUUGCGCAAAAUGGCAUUGCGACGCAACAAUCAACUGUCAAUGCUGAAAAAGUUUUAAGUGUAGCAUUUUUCGUUGCAUCCGUAGCUGGUCACACUUGCUGCUCGCCCUUCAACCGUUGUUUGUUUGAAUAAAUCGUGUAUCGGUGUCUUAGGUCAUACUAUAUAUGAUUUGUUCGUUCUAUUUGCCUUGCUGUUGGUGCAAGAAUAAACACUUUGAUUGUUUUUAUUGCUACGUUGUUGUAGCAUAUGUACAUA